UUCACAAAACGCUCGAGUUAAUUACACACUGAAAGUCUAGUAAUUAACAAAAAAGGAUCAAGUGACGUACCUAAGUACUCACGUAAAAUUACAAAAGUCUGACUUGCUUGAUUAAAAAUUAAAUUAAACGAACCAACCUUUCAUAAAAUUCAAAUUGAAUAACAGAAAGGCUGGCCGCAAACAAACGGUAAAAAAACAAAAAACAAUUGACGGUGAAAAUGCUAUUCGGAUUUCAAAAAUUGUUUGCGCUUGUCACCUGUGCGCGGGAAUCUGUCCUCUGUGCUGCGUUCCUCCCGAAGUCUCUUCCCGUCAGUUGAUAUCGGGACUCUGUGGCGAGAGGAUAUCGUCCUACGGGAAAACUUCGGGGAAAAUUACGCGAGUUGUGUAAAAAAAAAACUUGUGAAAAUAUUCCUGAUUAAGGGAUUAUAGUGCCACGUUACGUUUAGUGGAAAUUUAAGUAUAUACUUUAUGGUGAUUGAUUUGUAACUUUGUGUGUAGUGUAAAUAAGGGAAUGUUACAAUCAAAGUGAUCUUAUAGUAAGAAAACAUAUUGUAGUGUGCAAAAAAGUGAAGUUCGUAACUAUAAUGUUCAAGAAUAACAGUGAAGUGUUGCAUUCGGUAUUGGUACUGACACAGAGAUGAACAGAUUUGAUAACUCGUCGAAACAAGAUCAUGACGACGAUGACGUUCGAGGGAACUGCACUAAGCCCAACAAGAUUUUGGAGCUGGACCUGGACUAUUUGGAGCGCGGGGGCGGCGCGCUGGCCGCCAGCGGAGCCCCCAGCCUGGAGCCCAGCCCCGACAGCCUCGACCUGGUCAAGGUGGUGUUGCUGGGCGCGCCGGCUGUCGGCAAGACUAGUAUUAUACAGCAAUUCGUGUGGAGCGACUUCUCCGAAGAGUACAUCCCGACGGACAAGAAGCACACGUUCUACCCGUCGGUGAUCAUCAACGAGCACCUGUACGAGGUCAAGAUCACGGACGUGCCGGUCAUCCCCUACUUCCCCAUCAACUCCUACUACGAGUGGGCCCACUACCGCUUCUACGGGCUCCGCAACGCCACCGCCUAUAUCCUCGUCUUUGAUCUCUCAAAUGUUGAUACUUUCCAGUACAUACGCACUCUAAGAGACCAGAUGGUUGAGAGUCGAGACAUGCGUAAUGUGCCGGUGCUAGUGGUGGGUAAUAAGCAGGAUUUGCUCUGCUCCAAUGCGCCGUCAGCGGCAAGCGGGUUGCAACAGCUGGCUAUAGCUGAGAGCGCCUGCGGGGACUCCAGAGAGAAGCGACGCAAUAUUGUCAACCUCGUUCGGAAACACUGGAAAUGCGGCUAUGUGGAGUGCUCAGCGAAGUAUAACUGGAGGGUGAUAGCUGUGUUCAAGGAGCUGAUGGAGAUGAUAGACUCGCUGGAGUGGAGCGGCGGCGGGCGCAGCGCGGAGCCGCCCCCGGACUCCGCGGCCGGCGGAGGCAGCUCUCAGGAGAAUCGAUGCGUGGUUGCUUAGCACUGAUCUUUAACCUCCUUGAAGCGUAAACUGCACGAGUUGAACUGUUGUGGUUUCUGAACGUGUUUAUCGGUUGGCGCGUGUUUUCGACGUUCGAAUUUUAAACGAACGUUUAUUCUUGAAAGAAGUAUAUUUUAUAGCCGUGUCCUCUUUGUGAAGUGAGUCUUUAAGCUUUUCUGAACCGAAUGGAAAAUGUUUAGAAUAUUUAUUUCCAGGGUAUUUUUACACUUUUCUACUGUAUUUCACUUGUGGUUGGUGCGUCAAUGCGUUCUGUAUAGCUGUUCUAUAGCCUCUGUUCGAUAAUGCUGUUGUCUGUUGCCACUAUUCUUACUUAGAAGAUAAUUAUUAUUGUUAAGAAAAUAAUGUAAGGGCUCUUGUAUUGGUUAGAAUGAAUCUCGUUAUAAAUGUUCUCAAAUAAGAUAAGAUUUUAUUUUGCUUUAAUUAUUUACUAGUCACUUGCAAGUCCAUAAAGCAAAAAAAUAGUUAUACUAAUUAUCGAAAAAAUUACUUCAUAGUUUUUUUUAUUCCGUACCUACUUAUAAAAAUUUAUAGAUUUAAAGUUACACAUGGACUACCCACAUACAAUAACAUAAUCCGAUGGCCAUAAACUGAAUUUCAGAGUGUAUACUUCCCAACAAACUAAUACUCCAAGUAAUUUCCGGGCUGUCAAAUUACAUAAUAUUAUAGGUAUGACUGACUAUGACCCAGUCACCCUACACAAGCAAUUUUGUUGACAACAUCAUUAAAUGUGGACGGGAUGGGCACGGGAUAAUAAAUUGAGUGGCACCCCAAUCUUGGGGAAGAUCAGAUCAUGUGUCAGAAUAAUUACACUUUGGUAUCAAGACAGGAAAAUUGAUUUUUCUAAUUACAUGUACACUCGCGAGAUAGCAAUGAAAGAGAUCCACGCACAAAGUGCCGACACCAAAUUUUUACACAAAAUUUACGUUUUCUGUGUUAAAUUUACCUAAAUAUUUGAGACGGCGGCGGCGUCAUUUAUUAAGCUAGCCUUAUCAGUAGGUAUAGGAGUAAUUUGGUAUAUUUUCACGCCUCAUACGAUUUUAACAUAAUAUUUUGCGUAACAAUUGUAUCCGCUCAAUAAGUACCUAUAGUAAUUAUGAACUCCUACUUAGUACAUAGGUUUACCUAUGUUUGUCAAGAAACAGAUAAAAAAGCCAAAGCUUAUUUUUUUGUCUAGUUUUUUUAAUUAUUUCUAUCAUCACUGUAAAGUUGUAUUGCAUAGUGUUGUAUAAAAUACCUGCUGGUUUCAUAGAUUGCUGUAAAAAUUAGGAAUAAAUAUUUUUGUUUUGCGUAAAAAAAAUCAAAUCGAUCUGUACUGUACUACUCUUUACUGGUGUAAACGCAGCCUAAUGCUAGCCUUAAACUGCAUACCAUAUUACCAAACAAACCUAUUGCUUGCACCGCGAGCUAUAAAAUUAAGAAUGGAUAUAGCUUUGGGAAUGCUGGCAUAAAGCAUAUCUUUUAUAAGGUAUUGGAUCUGCAUUUCCGCAGGUCCACUAUUUGUCAGAUAAUAAUAAUGUAUGUAUGUGUUGGUGUCAGUCUUAGAUAAACAAUAUACGAGCAAUAUGGUUGUUACAUACAAAAACAAAUUAAAAAAAAAAAACUGUUUGCAUUUUGUUUACUAUCAAACCCUUUUAAGUUCAACCUAAUGACAACCAUUGUACUAAUGAAUUAGUAAUUCACAAAUCUAACCGAGCUAAUUCAGAAUAAGAGCUCAGUUGUAGAGUAGUGGGUAGUUAUUUUUCGAGACGUUUCUUUUGCACUGACACUCCAUCUUAUUCGUAUAUUGUUAAUCUAAGGUGUCACUGUAUGCACAAUGCAACUGGCGUGAUGCCAUGAUUUGAGAGAGAAAUAACUGCAGAAAAUCUAUCAUAAAUAUUUUUGUAAAUAUUACAUAAGUCCGGUUUCAAAUCUGGAAAGGUUUCAAGUAUGGGGUUGCCCUAAUAUGUCCUAGUAUAAUAUACAGGGUGUUGCAAAAAGGGUAUACUAAGCCGAAACCUACAUGUGCUUAGUUCAGUUUCAGAUGUACCAUGCUGCACAUGAAUGUUUCGGCUUAGUAUACCCUUUUUGCAACAACAACCUGUAUAUUAAUUAAUAUUAUAUUCUACUCUGUGUUGUGCUUCAACUAUGUGCUUCCUCUGUUGUUAAAAAACAUAGAACCCUUUAGAUUAUUAUGAACUUGUGAUAGACACGAUGAUUUCUUUAUUAUUUAGGUUUUGAAUGUAAAUAAAAUUACUUCUACGUGUACAGUCACUGUCAUUUAAUUAAGUAAAUUAAAAGAUAAUUAUGUCGUGGUUGUAAAUAAUAUCUGUUUUUGAAAAUCACUUUCUAAAAGUUAGAUGAUCAGUUCUAUCUAAGUUACGUGAAUGGAACUUUAAUUUGUGCAUUGGUGUUAAAAUAUUUAUUCGUAAUAAUAAUGAUUAUACAAAUGUUACACGCUGCAAUAAAUAAGUUGUGAACAAUUUUAUACUUGGUGUUUUUCUUUCAUGAAAGUUACUAAAAAUAUACAGGUUGUUGUAAAAAAGACCUGUCGAAGCGGGCUAGUGGAGCGGUUGU